AUGGAGAUCUCAGCUCCAGUUCCAAAGCUUCUUCUACAAUUGAUCUCGUCAGCUUUUCAACGGUGCCGUUUAGCAGAAGAUCUCUGUAGAUUAUCGGUUCUUCUAGAUCAAUCUACAGACAAGGAUCCUCCGAUUUCGUUCAUUUCGAUUGCGGACACUGGCAUUGGAUGCAAUUUGGAGGAAUUUCAGGAUUUGAAGUGCCCUAGAGAAUCUAAUGGAGCGAAGAUUUGGGAUGGGUUACUCUCCGUCAAGACGACUUGCUUUACGGAUGAUGAGGUCUACUAUUAUCACAUCAAUCUUGAUGAGAAUGUAUCAAACAAGAGAGUGAAAAGACAACCUUCUCAGGCUAAGAAUGGUGCAAAGUUUAGUGGAACGGAAGUAUCCCUGAGUGUUGUUGGAAGUAGAGACGUUCUCAUGGCACCCAUAAUUGGCUUCUUUCAAAAGAUGCUUGUUCUCCAGAUACCUAAUGUCACAAUGGAUCUAGUGGUUAACCAAACUCAAUACAUCUUCGUAGUGAACGCUGACAAAACUCCUUGCUUCACCGCCUCCAAUCUAGAACGGUUGAAGUCUGGUCUUGAGGACUAUGUAAUAAAGCAUGGGAACUGUUUGGAUACGAUGUGUGACCAUUGCUUCUCCGAUAGAGAGUAUCUAAAAGUUGGAAGUGGAACAGCUUGCUCUGAAGAGAAUCGCAAGAGAAGUGGAGGGACAAUGGACGUAGUGAUUGCAAUUAGUGACUUACUAGAGACAACUCGAGAUUGCAGCAAAUCAUGUGACGGCAAAACAGAGGUUUUGUACUUUGACAAUUUCUCACCUUCACCUAUUCCACAUAUUGCCUUGACCGCAUUGAGAAAGAUCGACUGGAAAAGUUACGGUUUGAUUCUAGCGAGUGUGAAUGAUCAAGACGGACAUGUGUUUCUCGAAUGGGAGAAUUUCCCUUCAUAUGUUCAAAUCCAAAUCUCCCUCCAUUGGUAUCACAAUCAAUCUCCAACGAGACACAAGACUGAUCAGCCUGGUAUCAAUCUCGUCAAGAAGGGAAUUAAAAACGCUUUGGAUGAUCUAAAGGCUAAACAUGAAGGCUUUCUUCUAAGCUCACAUGCUCGUAAGAUUUGCAGCUAUGUCCCUGAUCUUGCAAGAUCAUUAGCAGGACUAAUCUUCUCUUCGACUGACAUGGACUUCCAAGGAGAUUGCUUCUCUGUUCUUGGCUUUACCCCACAAGAAGCUCAACGUGAGGCUGUUGAAGAAUAUAUCCAGAGAAAGAUCGUUACGGUUAUUGGAAUGAAUGAGAGGAAGCCUCAGAGAGACCAAGAACCUGCUCCGUUCUUGUUUUUCGACGGCGGAUCUGAGACAUCUUUCUUUGAAGAUCAAGAACUAGAAGGUGAGUAUUACUCCAACUCCUUGGAAUUAUGA